GCAGAGGAAGGGGGAGGGGGAGGUGGUCGAACUGUGGGAGGUACUGGAUGGAGAACACAACUCCACAACCUCCCCAAGCUCAACCACCUAUGCCUCCUUUCCAAUCUGCAGUUGCUCCACCGAUUCCUCUGUUUCAAUCAUUCUACCCCAAUCCGUUCCCUGCUCCACAAUCCUUCCCGAAUGCCACCCCUCAGUACGCAUUUCCUAUGAGUCAUGGACUGAACACAGCUACUGCCAACUGGGCAAUUGGGGGUCCUACCUCGGUGCCUGCACAGGCGGGGGGUCAAUUCAGCAGGGGGGAUGGACGUGGAAACGGGAGCUACCAACCGCAUGCGUUCUUCACACGAGAACAUGCGAAUUUUAUCGAGAAAUUAAAGUUGAAAGACGCGGUGGAAGAAGCUCGGAAAAAGGAUCUGGAAGAAAUUGCCAGAUUACGGGGACUGGGUUGGGAGGUGGAGGAGCAGAAAGGUAGAGUACCAGACACCGAAAAAGAAAAAUCGCAAGGAAAAGGCAAAAACAAGAAGCAAGGAGGCAAACACAGAGGGAGAGAAAAGGUUGAUGAGGCAGGAAAGGAGGAUGAAAUGAAGAAGUGGGUUGCCACAAACUUUGGGGGUUCUCUAAGGAUAUUGUCUGAGAAACUGGAAGAAGUGGAGAAGAAGUCGAGUUUAGAAGUUGCUGAGCUGGAAGAGUUGAAAUUAUUGAGAGCAGAGAAAGAGCUGAGAGAACUGAGAGAAAAUUCAAGCUCUGAAAAAAGGAAAAGGGAUAUUGCUUCUCCGGCUAAAAGGAAAAGGAAGGUUAGAUCUCGUUCUAAACUGCUGAGAAAAGCGGGGAGAGGGGGGAAUGCGAAAUAUGUUGAGGUAUCCUCGGACGAUGACAGCAAGGGUCAGGAUGCAGUGGUGCAGAAUCUGAGUAGAAUUGCUUGCAGCAAAGGGAGAGAUGCGAGCAGCAGCAACACGGGAGGAACACAGGGAGCAAUGAAGGUGGCAAUUGGGAUGGAGCAGGCAGACCAGAAAGGAGAAGCAGGUCCAUCAGGCGAAAAAUCGGAGAAAGGUAAAGGAAAAGAAGAAGGGGGGUUAGGCAUGUAUUUCAAAGAUCGUGUUGUAUACUACGAUGCGAUGCAUCAUACCGAGAUUCCGGAACUGUGCAAGAAGAAGGGGGUACCAUACAAGUGUAAAGAGGCCGGGGUAUGGGAGCUAGCCAGACUUGACUUUGAAGUGUUACUAAAAAUAGAGAAUGCAGUGGACGAAAAGGAAGAGAUUGAUGAUGAGAAGGGGGAUGAAGGAUCAAAGGACUCAUCGGAAAGCAGUUCCAGCUCAGAUGAAGAAGCCCAGGACGACGACAUAGCGGGAAACUGAAGUAUGCCAGUAAGCGUUCGUUGUUGAGGGCUUGCAAGAAACUGGCAGGUUGGGCCAGUCAAUAUGAUGGGAAUAUCAGUCG